AUAGUUAAUGUAGUAAAUAGCUCAACACAGGAAUGGGAUGUUCACAGAAUAUGCUGACAGGACAAAAAGUUUAAACUGUUGGCAGACAACCAAAGUCAAUACUAGAGCCAAGCAAAUACUGCCUGCAGAGCCCUAUGGGGAAAGUUCGAAACCAGCCAUUUUUAAGUGGCGAGAGGCACCCUCACUUCCAGAACCACGGAAGCAAUUGUGCUUUCAGGAUGAUUUCAUUCAGACAAGCAGCUUACUUCCUUUGCUUGUUUGCUACAGUUUCCUGUGAAUGCUUGACUCAACUAUAUAACAAUAUCUUCUUCCGGGGUGGGGAUGUAUCUGCCGUGUACACCCCGACCGUCAAACACUGCCAGAUGGUGUGCACUUUCCACCCUAGGUGUUUGCUAUUUAGUUUUCUUCCUGCAAGUUCAACCACUGACACAGACAAAAGGUUUGGUUGCUUCUUGAAAGACAGUGUUACAGGAACUCUGCCAAGAGUGUCACGGACAAGUGCAAUUUCUGGACAUUCCUUAAAGCAAUGUGGUGAUCGAAUUAGUGCUUGCCACCGAGGCAUUCAUGAAGGACUUGAUAUGAGAGGAGUCAAUUUCAAUGUAUCUAAAGUGAAAAGCGUUCAAGAAUGCCAAGAAAAGUGCACCAAUAGCAUUCACUGCCAGUUUUUCACAUACGCCACGCAAAGCUUCUUCAAUGCAGAGUACCGGAACAACUGCCUAUUAAAGAACAGUCCACAAGGGACACCUACUAGUAUAAAGGUGCUGGCUGACGUGGAAUCUGGAUUCUCACUGAAGCCCUGUGCGGACUCGAAAAUUGGCUGCCACAUGAACAUUUUCCAACAUCGCGCAUUUUCAGAUGUGAAUGUUGCCAGAAUCAUAGCACCGGAUGCUUUUGUGUGUCGAACCAUUUGCACCUAUCACCCCAAGUGCCUUUUCUUCACUUUCUAUACAAACGCGUGGAAGACAGAAUCACAAAGAAAUGUUUGUUUACUUAAGACUUCCCAGAGUGGGACCCCAAGUUCCCCGACUCCUCAGGAAAACGCCAUUUCUGGAUACAGCCUUUUAACCUGCAAACAAACUUUACCUGAGCCCUGCCACUCCAAAAUUUACUCACAAGUUGACUUUGAAGGAGAAGAACUGAAUGUGACCUUCGUUGAGGGAGCAAAUGGUUGCCAGGAGACUUGCACAAAGAUGAUUCGCUGUCAGUUUUUUUCUUAUUCUUUAUUACCAGAAGACUGUAGAGGAGAGAGGUGUAAGUGUUCCUUACGGUUGUCUUUGGAUGGUUCCCCAGUUAGAAUCACAUAUGGGACAAGAGCGAGCUCUGGUUAUUCUUUGAGGUUGUGUAAAAGUGGGGAGAGCUCUGUCUGUACGACAAAAAAUGCACGCAUUGUUGGAGGAACCAACUCUUCUUGGGGAGAGUGGCCCUGGCAGGUCAGUCUGCAAGUGAAUCUGAGACCUCAGAGCCACCUGUGUGGAGGGUCAAUCAUUGGACACCAGUGGGUCUUAACUGCUGCCCAUUGCUUUGAUGGGCUUCCUUUAUCAGAUGUUUGGCGCAUUUAUGGUGGCAUUUUAAAUCUAUCAGAGAUAACAAAAGAAACACCUUUCUCACAAAUAAAAGAGAUUAUUAUUCACCAAAAUUAUAAAAUCUCGGAAGGUGGUCAUGAUAUUGCCUUAAUAAAACUUGAGACUCCUUUGAAUUAUACUGAUUCCCAAAAAUCAAUAUGCCUACCUUCCAAAGAUGAUACAAAAACUAUUUACACUGACUGUUGGAUAACUGGGUGGGGCUUCACAGAGGAAAAAGGGAAAAUCCAAAAUACCCUACGAAAGGCAAAAGUUCCUUUGGUAUCAAAUGAAGAAUGCCAGAGAAGUUAUAGAGAUUAUAAAAUAACCAAACAGAUGAUCUGUGCUGGCUAUAAAGAAGGAGGAAAAGAUGCUUGCAAGGGUGAUUCAGGUGGUCCCUUGGUUUGUAAACAUGACGACGUGUGGCAUUUGGUGGGCAUCACCAGUUGGGGUGAAGGCUGUGCCCGCAGGGACCAUCCAGGGGUCUACACCAAAGUCUCUGAGUACAUGGACUGGAUUUUAGAGAAAACACAGGAUGGCGGUGGUCCGUCUUCCAUGAAGUAGCCAGCUUGAGAAGCAUCACAGGGACGGGAAGGAGCCCAGGUCUGGGAGCAUUCGUUUUACAACCUGCGUUCACGUCGAGUACUGAGCCCUGGGGUCUUCAUCUGCAGAAACGUGGGGAGUGGUGUCUACCUCCUGUCCUUGUCAUAAGGGUGAAAGGGACAAUGCGUAACGCUUUCAACACUCAGUAAUAACGCUGUCAUGGGAGAGAAUAACAACUGAGUGUCUCCAUGGCUGCUGUGAAAUAAAAUGGCAAAAUUGUGUGAU